CCUCCCGCCUCUGGUCCUCCGCGCCGCCAGGGGGCGCCCCGCGCGCGGAGCAGUCGAGUCGCUCGUUGAGGUCGCGCAAAAAAAGCGCGCGAAAGCGACGCGGCCGCCAUCUUGGCGCCCUGAGGGAGGAGCCGCCGCCAUGAAGCCGCCCUGGCGGCACCGCCUGCUCCCGGCGCGUUUCGCGAAGCCUCCGCCGAGCCCCGAGAGGCUCCCGCGCGGAGUGUGGGGGCUUCGGGAGAAGGGAACGCUGCUGGCGGCGCUGCGGGCUCAGGCUCGGCGCGGUCUCCCCGAGCAGCUGCUGCCGGCGGCGCUGAGGCAGAAGCUGCCCCACAGGAGCGAGGAGGAGAUCCAGGCGGUGCUGGUGCGGCUGCGGGGCCGGGUGGCUCGGGAGACCCUGACCUCCAAAUUCCGGAACUUUCUGCACUUCCAGCGCCGGAUCCGCGCCCCCAUCCAGGUGUGGCAGGACCUGGCUGAGACCCUCGGGGGCGGGGCCCUGGAGGGACCCCCCAGCGUCGCCUUCUCCCAGGUGCUGACGGUGGCGGCCACGGAGCCCCUGACCCUGAAGCACUCCGGACCCCCCCCGAAUUCGGGGACCCCCCAGAAUUCGGGAUCAGCCCCAGGUGCCGCAGGUUUGGAGGUGGAUUUUGGGAAAAUCUACGAAUUCCUGGCGCAGAUCAGCGCGGGGGGGGAGGCAGCACCCCUGCCCCCCGCAGAGGCCGCCGUGGUUCUGUCCUUACUGGGAGCGCUGCCGGCCCAACUGGGAGCACUGGGAGCGCUGGGAUCGCUCCGGCACCACUUCCGGGAGCUCUGGGGGUCCCUGAGCGCCCCCCAAAGCCCGGGGGGGCCCCCCCAGAGCCCCGCCCCCUCCCAGUGCCCCCCCCUCAACCCCUUACUGGUGCCACUGGGUUUACUGGGAGGGGUGGCCUGAGGGGGGGGGAACGGGGAGCAAAAUUCCCAAGUUUUUGAGGGGUCCCAGAAUUCCGGGAGGGGCCCGAAAUUCCGGGGUGGGGGGGUCCCCAAAAAAUUCUGAAUUCCUGGGAAUUCCCAAAUUUUUGGGCGGGAGGGGGAAUCCCGAAAUAUCCUGGGAAUCCCCAAAAAUUUUUUGGGGGGAUGGUCCCAAAUUCCCGCUGCUCUUCCCGGGGUUGUGGGAGAGGGCGAGAAAAAAAAUAAAUGUUUGGA